CGCAAAAAGCAAGCUACCACCGCAGAGAGCAGCUCAGCUCGAGGCCGCCACCACCACCACCACGGCGAAAGGGGGAGGAGGAAAGAGGGAGAAGAGGAAGGGGGAAAAAAAAAUUUCCGCCCGCCGCCGCGAGACGAGCAGCGACGCCGUCGCGCGAAACCCUAACCCGACACCCCUCCCCUCCGCUGCCUCAUCUCGUCGCCUCAUGGGGCGCCGCCCCGCGCGCGUCCCGACGCCGCGUCGGCGCCAGUAGUAGCAGGAGCGGGGGCCCCGCCCUGCCCCGCCGCCGACGCGAGCUGCUCCUCCUCCUCCACCCCCACGAUGGCGCGGGCAGGGCGCGCGAGCUCCCGACGAGGACUUUUGGAAGAUGCUCUAAGGAAAACCUUCAUAAAUUUUUUGACUGUGGUAUUGACUCUGGAGUUGAUUACCAGAAUCAAUUUGAUUGCCCAAACAUCAGCUCUAAAUGUGGUUUCCCCUGCUAUAUCACCAUCGCAAAGUUGGACACCAGUUCGCUCUAUGUUAUCACAAGCUAAGGUUGACAUUAGUAUUCCAGUUGGCGAACAAAGACGGAAGAAGCUAUAUUCACCACCAAUUACUCUAUCUGUGCACCCUCCAAUGUCAGCGCCAAGCUAUAGCUCUAUUUCUGGUGAUUCUGAUCUGUCCUUUUAUUCUUCAGACCUGUCAGAUAAUUUGGUGCAGGACAACAGACGCUCAGAAGCAGAAAUUCCUACCCAUGUAGAUGCUGCGCCUCCUGAUGCAGCUUCAAAUACUAGUGCAGCUCCUUCUGGAUUAGUACAACCUCCAGUAUCUCCUCACAAUGGAUGUUGUUCACCAAACAUGGUACAAAAAAGAGGGGGCCAAGAUUGCCAUUGUGUUUACCCAGUAAGAGUUGAGCUCUUCCUCCGAAAUGUUUCACUGACAUCAAAUUGGAGCGAUGAAUUUCUUGGGGAGCUUGCUUCUCAGCUCAGCCUGAGAGUUAGUCAGUUUGAGAUUGUAAAUUUCUAUGUUGUUGGGGCUUCUGGGCUAAACAUUACAAUGUAUAUAGCUCCUCACACUGGAAUUAGUUUCUCAGCCGACCAAGUUACUUCCAUGAAUUAUUCACUUAGUCAGCACACAGUUCAGAUCAACCCUGUACUAGUUGGGGACUACAGUCUUCUUAAUUUAACCUGGUUCAGGCCGCUGGCUCUAGCUCCUGCUCCAACAUUCACAAUAUCACCUAAACCGUCUCCAUCUCAAGCAUCUACAUUACCAAGACAGCGUGCGGACACCAGCAACAGCAAUGACAAACGCACGAGCAUGAGCUUGAUUACUGUCAUUUGCAUUUGUAUUGGUGCUCUAAUUGCUGUUUUGGUGAUUGUCAUGUUUAUUUGCUUCUGCACACUGAGGAAAGGGAAAAAGAAGGCUCCUCCAGUUGAGACACCCAAGCAAAGAACACCAGAUGCAGUUUCUGCAGUGGAAUCACUUCCUCGCCCAACAAGUACAAGGUUCCUUGCAUAUGAUGAACUGAAAGAAGCAACCAACAACUUUGAUCCGUCAACUAUGCUUGGAGAAGGGGGUUUUGGCCGUGUCUUUAAGGGGGUACUAACUGAUGGCACUGCUGUUGCUAUAAAGAAGCUUACAAGUGGAGGGCACCAAGGAGACAAGGAAUUUCUAGUUGAGGUGGAGAUGCUGAGCAGGUUGCACCACCGAAACCUUGUGAAACUCAUUGGUUACUAUAGUAACCGCGAGUCAUCACAGAACCUACUUUGCUAUGAGCUAGUUCCUAAUGGAAGCUUAGAGGCUUGGCUUCAUGGAACAUUGGGUGCUAACCGCCCCUUGGAUUGGGACACUAGAAUGAGGAUAGCACUAGAUGCUGCCAGGGGAUUGGCGUACCUUCACGAGGAUUCUCAACCUUGUGUAAUUCACAGGGAUUUCAAGGCUUCUAAUAUAUUGCUUGAGGACGACUUUCAUGCUAAAGUGUCUGAUUUUGGUUUGGCCAAACAGGCACCGGAAGGCCGUGCAAAUUAUCUUUCAACACGUGUUAUGGGAACAUUCGGGUACGUAGCACCAGAGUAUGCAAUGACAGGGCACUUGCUUGUAAAAAGUGAUGUAUAUAGCUAUGGAGUUGUUCUACUUGAACUACUUACUGGGAGGAGACCUGUGGAUAUGUCACAACCGUCUGGCCAGGAAAAUCUAGUGACAUGGGCACGGCCAAUUUUGCGAGAUAAAGAUAUGCUAGAAGAGCUAGCCGAUCCUAGGAUUGGCGGCCAGUAUCCGAAAGAUGAUUUUGUGCGAGUAUGUACAAUUGCGGCAGCCUGUGUUUCACCAGAGGCAAGCCAAAGGCCAACAAUGGGCGAGGUGGUGCAGUCACUGAAGAUGGUCCAACGUUCCGUGGAGUUCCAAGAAUCUAUACCAACUCCUCCAGCACGCCCCAACGUUAGGCAGUCUCUAACCGCCUAUGAAUCUGACGGCACCUCGUCCAUGUUCUCGUCUGGACCCUUUUCAGGUCUCAGCCCCUUCGACACCGAGAACAUGCCCAGAACGGCUUUCUCUGAAGAUCUCCACGAAGGCUCGGCGGCCGUGGCGACGGCGAAGGUGUACAGCCCGGCGGACAAGAUCCUCCUCAACUGCGGGUCGACGACGGACGGGCUGGACGCGGACGGGCGCAGGUGGGUGGCGGACACCAACAACAACUCGUGGCUGGAGGACUCCGGCAAGUCGUCGAUCAUGGCGGCCGCCGACCAGCUGGAGCCGAUGCUGCCGUCGUCCAUCCCGUACAUGACGGCGCGGGUGUUCACCAUGGACGCAGUGUACAACUUCUCGGUGAACCCGCGCGACCGCCACUGGCUGCGCCUCCACUUCUACCCGUCGUCGUACAACGGGCUGGAGCCGCAGGACUUCCGGUUCUCCGUCGCCACCUCCACCGGCUUCACGCUGCUCCACAACUUCAGCGUCUACCUCACCACCAAGGCGCUCACGCAGGCCUACCUCGUCCGGGAGUACUCGCUGCCGCGGUCGCCGGAGGGCUUCCUCACCGUCACCUUCUCGCCGACGCCGAUGGUGAACGUGACGUACGCCUUCAUCAACGGCAUCGAGGUCAUCUCCAUGCCGGACAUCUUCGGCGACCCGGCCACCAUGGUCGGGUUCGCCGACGAGACCGUCGACGUCUCCGCCGCCGCCUUCCAGACCAUGUACCGCCUCAACGUCGGCGGCGCCUACAUCCCGCCGUCCAACGACUCCGGCCUCUCGCGGUCGUGGUUCGACGACACGCCCUUCGUGCGGGGCCCCACGCAGGGCAUCGUCUACACGGCCGGCCCGCGCUUCCACAUCAAGUACCCGAGCGACGCCGCCGAGUACGCGGCGCCGACGGAGGUGUACCUCGGCGGCCGCUCCAUGGGCAGCGACUCCCGCUUGAACCAGAACUCCAACCUCACCUGGACCGUCGACGUCGACAGCAACUUCACCUACAUCGCGCGCCUCCAUUUCUGCGAGCUCCAGCUCGUCCACGCCAACCAGCGGGUGUUCGACGUCUACAUCAACAACAAGACGGCGCAGACGGACGUCGACGUGCUCGAGAUGACGACGGAGCGCGGGGUGCCGGUGUACAAGGACUACGCGGUGACCAUGAGCAACGACACCGCCGACGAGGUGCUCUGGGUGGCGAUGCACCCCUCGGUGAUGCUCCGGCCGCAGUUCUACGACGCCAUCCUCAACGGCCUCGAGGUGUUCAAGGUCAACAACUCCGGUGGCAGCCUGGCGGCGCCGGACCCCAGCCCGUUCAAGCUGCUGGCGGAGAACGAGCUCGGCUGGGGCGGGCCGCCGGAGUUCUCCACCAACGACCCGGCCGGCAUGGCCAGGGUGAUGGGCGGCACCGCGGGCGGCGCGGCGGCGGCCGGGAUCCUAGCGGCCAUCUGCGUGGUGGUGUACAACAACAAGAGGAACAGGAAGCCCGGCGGCGGCGGCGACUCGCACACCUCCGCGUGGCUGCCGCUGUACCACUCCCACACCAGCGGCAAGUCGUCGGGCCACGUCACGGCGAACCUGGCCGGCAUGUGCCGCCACUUCUCCUUCGCGGAGAUCAAGGCGGCGACCAAGAACUUCUCCAACGACCUGGCCAUCGGCGUGGGCGGGUUCGGCGUGGUGUACCGCGGCGUGGUCGACAACGACGUCAAGGUGGCGGUGAAGCGGUCGAACCCGUCGUCGGAGCAGGGGAUCAACGAGUUCCAGACCGAGGUGGAGAUGCUCUCCAAGCUGCGCCACCGCCACCUCGUCUCCCUCAUCGGCUUCUGCGAGGAGGACGGCGAGAUGGUGCUCGUCUACGACUACAUGGAGCACGGCACGCUGCGCGAGCACCUCUACCACAACGGCGGCAAGCCGACGCUGUCGUGGCGCCACCGCCUCGACAUCUGCAUCGGCGCCGCGCGCGGCCUGCACUACCUCCACACCGGCGCCAAGUACACCAUCAUCCACCGCGACGUCAAGACCACCAACAUCCUCGUCGACGAGAACUGGGUCGCCAAGGUCUCCGACUUCGGCCUCUCCAAGUCCGGCCCGACCACGCUCAACCAGUCGCACGUCAGCACGGUGGUCAAGGGCAGCUUCGGCUACCUCGACCCGGAGUACUACCGCCGCCAGCAGCUCACCGAGAAGUCCGACGUCUACUCCUUCGGCGUCGUCCUCUUCGAGGUGCUCCUCGCCCGCCCGGCGCUCGACCCGGCGCUGCCGCGAGACCAGGUCAGCCUCGCCGACUACGCGCUCGCCUGCAAGCGGGGCGGCACCCUGCCGGGCGUCGUCGACCCGGCCAUCAAGCACCAGAUCGCGCCGGAGUGCCUCGUCAAGUUCGCCGACACCGCCGAGAAGUGCCUCGCCGAGAACGGCGCCGACCGCCCCGGCAUGGCCGACGUGCUCUGGAACCUCGAGAGCGCGAUGCUCGCGCAGGACACGUUCGACGGCGCCUCCGGCCGCCCGGCCUCCUCGCUCGACCCGGCCACCAGCAACGACGACGGGAGCACGGCCAGCGCCACCACGCUGGGGACGUCGUCCAUGUCCCACCCGCACGAGACUUGCGUCGUCUUGGAGGCCGACGAGGUGGUGGCCGAGCGCGCCACCUUCUCGCAGCUCGUGCAGCCCACCGGCCGGUGACACCUCGAUACAAUUACAAGCUAGCGAACCAUGCCAAAAGUUUAAUUAGUUGAGUUUUUUUUUCUGUGUUAAUAACUAAUCCCAACGUUUACUUAGUUUUGAGUUUUUUUUGUUAAUUAAUGUUAAAUCUUGGGUUUUUAAGUAGUAGAUUCCGAAUCAGGUUCACUUGAUUACGAAACCUAAAUCGAGUUUAGGGGUGAUUGUUUGGGUAUUUUGUACAAAAAGAUAAAUG